AUGGCGACCGCUGACGGCGCCCCGCCGCGUUUGGUGUUCGCCCGCCAGGCGGUGUUUGUGUUCCCGAGAGAGCAGUUCGACCCGAACUGCGUGCGCCUGGUGACUCGGAGUCGAGACGCGGCCACCGCGGUCGCCUACCUGCUGGGAUUCUUCAAGCUCGUCAGUGAGGACGGAUACGAACAGGUGGUCCGCGCCAGCGACGUCGACGGCGUCUGGCUGGACGAGGUGCGCGUGAGCGGUGCCUUUGUGCGACGCCAGCUUCGCGCUCUGCGCGCCGACUCCGAGCCCCGGGCCACCAUGGACGACUUGUACGUGCUCCUGGGCGUGCUGCUGUGCAACCUUCCGCGCGCCCGCGGCUCCAACCAGAACCGCGACUGGUUCCAGAACCGGGUGAACGACCUGGUCCGGCUGUUUCCCGGAGUCUCGGAGCCCCCUCCCGUGCCGCUGUACGGCGAGGAGCAGGCGGACGCCGUCUCCAACUUCGGCGAGCGGUGGCCCCGCACAAGGGCGGCCCUCUGCCGCGCCCUGCUCAGGAGCCGCUUAGAAGGCCCCAUGCGACUGGUACAGAAGUACGUCUCCAUGCGCUGGCGCUUCGCUGGCAUGAAGCACGUCGAACUGAUCCUAGAGUACGUCAGGGGCCAGAUCUGGGUCCUGGACAUCAUCCCAGAGCUGCGCGCCAACGGUGACAGACUCCAGGAGUUUCUGAAGGCGUACCGGCGGCUGGGUGCGGGGCCCUACAUGAAGCUGUUGCACCUCCCCGAGGCGGCGACAGCCGAUCGCAAGCGCCUGGGCCUACACGUGGCAGCUGCGUACGCCUUCGCCGUGCUCGAGGACCAGGACUGGCUCCAGUACAGGGGCGUCCCGCAGGACGAAGCCGAGCAGGCGGUGCUGGCCAAGAUCACCGCCAUCAAGCGCAUGGGCCUCGGCGCGCCCCCAGUGGAUGCCACCGCCUCAAUCGCUCCCAGAGACGGCGACGACGACGACCCCCUCGAGGGGCGUGGACGUCGCCGCGGCGGGCGAGCCCGCUGCCAACACGGCGGCCACACGGUCGUAGACGUCCACGGCAGGCGGCGCCACCAGAGGUGCCUGAAACGCCGAGAGAACCGCAACGUGCAAGGUCGGGCUGAUGGCGAGCACCAACCGCGCAAUAAGUGCUGGGGGAUGACGCCGUCGCCCGCAACACCCAGCCACUAA